AUGGCGGCAGUCUCCCGCUUUCAGUCGGCAUGGCUGCUCCUGUGCCUUCUAGUAGUAGUACUCGCAUCCAAUGUCCAUCACGUCCAGGCUCUCCAAAAGACGGACAAUGAUGAUGAUGAUGAUAAGAGUCUCCGAAUCUGUACAUUGGCAGGAGGGCUGGAUGCGGUUCGAUUAUCGAGUGUCCCCAUUCGUCAGGUCUUUGAAGGAGCUUUGAAAGAUGUGGAGCUGAUCCGUCAGCUCGUAGUAGAAUCGGCUCGCAAUCGGGGAGAUCAUGCUCGUCCGCUACUGUCACUGGAAGAGCUCAGCCGGACGCUCGACUGGGAAGCGAGAAACCUGUCCAGUAGCGACACCACCAUCACGGCGGGGAUUGGAUAUGUCGAUGAUAGAGCCGACCGCAAAGUCGAAAAGUAUGUCGCAACCGAGAAUAAACCAUUUGUGGGCAACAAGACGACAGACUUGGCCCUGGUCGAAAGCGCUGCCACCAUUCUGCCCUGGUUAAUGGACCGGACCAAGAUCAAAGAUACUGGAACAACUACAACAACAGACAACAAUAGAACUCUCUAUACAGCCGCCUGGAUUGGAAGCUACGGGGAAGCGUGGCUGUAUUAUCCGCCCCAUGUGGAAACAGGUUGGGAGGCGGCGACCACAAUGGGAGACUUAGUGGGAGGAAACUGUACAUCUCACGAUCAACAAUUCAUCCAACCCAAUCUUCCACCUGCCGUCUUUCACCAACCCUACCUGACAGCACCAUAUCCAGAUAUUGCUAUACCUGGACAUAUGGUCAUUACAGCUAUCGCACCUGUCUAUUAUCACGGAAGCUUUAUGGGACAUGAGUUCCUCAAUAGUUUGGAAGCUACUACUACAGGAGAUAGCAACAACAACAACAACUCACCGUCUGCUGCGGCUGCGGCCGGAAGGACUCCUUUGGGGACGUAUGUUGCCACCACGGGGAUUGAUGUUUCCACGUCAUCCAUCUCCUCCGUGUUACUGGAAAAUCUCCGAGGGACCAUCACCCCGGGAAGCUUUGCCAUGGUUGUGGGUGCCAACCAGGAACUCAACACGGUUCUAAUCACCCAGUCGACUCUGGAACUGUUAUAUCCUACCCACACCGGCAUGGAAGGCGCCAGGGUUACCAACUACAGCAACUGCAAUGCCAGGUUCUCCACAGACCGCCGUAACCAGACCUACCAAGUGAGUGAUACCCUGGUGCAACCUCUCACUCAAUUGGAGAAUGCCAACUGGAAACCCGUGGCAAGCCUGAUUCAAGAACUGCAACCUGGAGACCGAUCGUUCACCACCAUACCUAUUACCUUGACAGGACAAGACGCCCCCACUUUCUUUUAUGUGUUCUUUGAACGAUGGCCGGACGUGGCUGACUGGGCAACCCUUUUGCUCGUGCCCAAGGACGAGCUGGACCAUUCAGUGGUGGUCGAUGUGGUGGAACCACAGGGUGGCUCGCUGUUUGUAACCAUGGAUCACCAUGCAGCGGUGGAAGAGACAAGUACCACUACCAGCGCAGGCACAAAAACUCCAGUUGUCCUGGAGAACAAGGGCAGUCUAGAUGUCCGAAUAGAGAUUGACAAGAUACCUCCUUGGCUCAGUCUGGACGAGGAGAUUCUAAUGUGGUCCUUGCCAGCGGGACAAAACCUGACUCUACUUUUUGAUGUCAACGUGCAGGCUUCCAAUCAUGGCUAUUCGGGUGUGAUUGCGCUCAAGGUUCGAGACGCCGACGAACAGAACAACUGCUACUACGAAGACAUCCUCACAAUCAAUGCACACUUGACAAUCGUGCAUUUGGAGACUCUGCAAGCAGUACGACCUUACGGGUUGGCUCUUGCUGCCAUCACGGUGAUGACCGCUUUGGGCUGGUCGCUCUGGGUCCACUGGAAUGAAUCCCAUAUUGUUGUUCGGGCUUCUCAACCCAUGUUCUUGCACAUGAUUUGUGUCGGAAUUCUCUUCAUGGGCCUUUCCCUGAUUCCACUCAGUAUGGAUGACUCUUGCGUCAGCGAAAAGAAAUGCGACAAGGCUUGCAUGGCAUUUCCCUGGCUUUUGUGUUUGGGCUUCUCCAUUAGCUUUGCUGCCCUCUUCAGCAAAGUACGAAGAAUCAACAUGAUUGUGUCCAAUACGAAGAAAUAUCGACGAGUCAAUGUGUCUGUCGGAGAUGUCAUGGUGCCUUUUGUCGUCAUAUUUUCUCUUAACGUGACGAUUCUGAGCAUUUGGACUGCCGUGGAUCCAUUGGUUUGGGUUCGCGAUACUGGAAUUGGAGACGACCAUCAAGGAGGCCUGGUAGCAUCUACUGGAUACUGUGCAUUCGGUGAAGGCAGAUUUGCUAUUACGUGUUCUGUCUUGUUAGUGCUGGUCAACUUCAGUGCUGUGCUUUUGUCCUUGAUCCAGCUUUACCGAGCAAGGGAUCUUUCAGCUACUUACAGCGAAGGCAAAUACAUUUCCAUGGCUAUGGGGAGCAUCCUGCAAGCCUUUCUUAGCGGGAUCCCGGUUUUACUUAUGGUCACCGACAAUCCUCAGGUCGCAUACCUUGUCAAGAGCACCAUUGUGUUCGUGGUUACCAUGUCACUCCUGACACUGACAUUUCUGCCCAAGUACUUUGCUCGUCGGCGGGACGAAGCGCUGCGGCCUGUUCCUCUAAAGGCAAAAUGUCAUCUAUCAUCCGCUGACAACAACAUCCCGGCAGGGACUGCAGAAAGCGCCACUGAAGGGACAGAGGAACAGCAAGAAGCAGCAGAUUCCGUCCCUGCUUCUGCUGGAGGAAGCCAACCCAUCUCAGAUAUUUCAAUGCCAACUCUUGCCAGUGAAAACAAUCAUCCGCAACGGGAUGGCGCGAUACGUAAUCGCAACGAUGGCUCCCCAGAGAAGCACCAAGCUGACCAUGCCUCUUCAUGGACGCUUCCUACUUUCCGCGAAACUUUCGUCGAUGAAGACGAGAAGGAACAAAGUUCUUGCAUCGGCGUUAGAGAGGUGGUUAUCGAUGCCGCGCCCACUCGGCCAUUGAGGCGUCAAAGUGAAGUGGAAAUGGAAGUGGGUCGUCCGUCCAAUGAAAGGAAAGUGAUCAGUUCUCAGUCGCAGGUGAAACCAGAAAGGGUCCGGAGCUGUUUGGAGACCCUCGCGGAAGGGAAAGAAGAGAUAUUUCAGUACGACCAUGGAGUUGACAAAGAAGGGGCACCUCAGGCAGCCGCUAAUGAGCUACCUCCACCUUUCUCUCAUUUGAGUACGACUUCUGAAUUCUCUGCUGUUUCUUCCAUCUACACCAUGCCAGAGAUGUAUCAUGGUAAGAGGUUGUAUCCCGAUUUGGACAACAUCCCAUAA